ACAAUUCGAGGGUUGGAGGCUGAGACAAGUUACCAAAAGGUGCGACAAAACUGAAUAAAAAGUAUAUUAUGGUUUGAUUCUUAUUAAGGAAUACGAGCCAAACUGGGGAACUUUCAGUUGAUAAUGCCAAACAGAAUCUAUUUGAUUCUUCUUGAAGACACCUCCGCUCAACAACGAAAACACAAGCUUGCUCAUUUUCAUCACAACUACGGAUCUCUGGUCGUCAUUGGCUGCAGAGACCAAGAACUUCCUGACACAAUCUUUUGUAACCUCAGAGAAGCUAGGUAAAUCGAAACUGUAAUAAUCAGCCAAGUCUUGAUCUUCUUUGUAUGUAUAAAUGUGAAAGGCAACGUACUACUUAAUCGAGGAGUCAGAGCAUCAUCUUCGUCUGUUUUGAGGUUGAGGUAAAUGAACAAAUUAUACCACAGUAAAACUCAGUGCUUCGUUGAAGAGGCUCAUCAUGAAUAUCUUUGGGGAUUUUUCUUUUUUCUUUUUUUUUUGACAAGAAACAUUAUCCUCUUUUUCGUGGUUUCUGGUGUAUCUAUGGGAGCCCACUACGAAUUUAAAUUGUAGCCUCAACCUCAAUCAUAUGGGUCAAGGUCUUCGUUGAUGUAACAUGUAAAAAUAGAAUAGUAAAACGGUUGACUCUUGACUUAUCUGUGUUAGAGAGAUAUGUGCCUGAACCCCUGAAGGCCUGAACAGAACUUCUGACUCCUGAGAGAGAGAGAGAGAGAGAGAGAGAGAGAAUGGGUUGUGAUUUGAAACGUUUCUUUAUUGCUAUGCUUCUGUUUCGAAUCUGUGAAUAUGCAGCUGCUUCUACUUUCCCUCUUGCACUUCGUAAUUGCAGAGACCAUUGCGGAGAUGUUAAAGUCCCCUACCCUUUUGGGAUAGGCAAAGGUUGUUACAAGAACAAAUGGUUCAAGGUUGUCUGCAAAAGCUCAUCAUCAUCAGACCAACAACAAAUACUUUUCCUGCCAGGGAUCCAACGGGAAGUUACUUCCUUCAACCUUGGAAACUUCUUCUCCAUGUCGGUAUACAACAGGUUUUACAUUCAGAGUCCAUUAAUACAUACGGGUUGUCCCAGCAGAGAUGGUGAUUCAUCGUCGUCUUUGAAUCUGACUGAGAGUCCAUUCUACAUAUCAGAGAAUAACAAGUUUACAGCUGUUGGAUGCAACAACAAGGCGUUUCUAAAUCCCACGGGUUUACAAAUUGUGGGAUGUAAGACGACAUGUGGGAAUGAGAUACGGUCUUACCAAGGAGCUAACACGAGUUGUGUUGGUUACAAAUGCUGUCAGAUGAAUAUACCAUCUCAUCUUCAAGAGUUUUAUGCAACCGUAGAGAAAAUGGAACCAAGUAAAGAAGGAUGUCAGGUUGCCUUCUUGUCACAAUCCACCUUGUCAGGGUACUUGUUCACGCCUCCUGAAUUACCGGAGUACCGUGAUUACGCAAUAAUGGAGCUCGAGUGGCAUCUUAAUCUUGCCUCCAUGACUUCUGAUGGUUCGCUAUGCCAGCCGAAAACAUUUGCUGAAGACAAUUAUGAGUGUUCGUGUUUAACUGGCUACGAAGGAAAUCCCUACAUUCCUCAUGGAUGUCAAGAUAUUGAUGAAUGCAGCAUUCCACAUCAAAAUAACUGUGGAAAGAACAAGUGUGUGAAUGUUCGUGGAUCAUUCAGAUGUGAGAAAACUUGGCCAGCAAUUUUGGGUGGAACUCUAAGUUCUGGACUGUUGCUUUCGGUCGUUGGAAUGUGGUUUCUAUGCAACGUUAUUAGAAAGCGGAAAGCAACCAAGCAGAAGAGGAAGUUCUUCAAACGAAAUGGAGGUCUUUUGUUACAACAACAAACAUCCUUUCUUCAAGGCAGUGUCAAUAGAACAAAACUGUUCAGCUCUAAUGAACUGGAGAAGGCAACAGAUAAAUUCAAUGCGAGCAGAAUACUAGGGCAAGGCGGCCAAGGUACAGUUUACAAAGGAAUGUUGGAAGAUGGAAUGAUUGUCGCUGUCAAGAAGUCCAAAGCAUUGGAAGAAGAGAAUCUUGAGGAAUUCAUCAAUGAGAUCAUCCUUUUGUCACAGAUCAACCACCGAAAUGUUGUCAAGAUCUUAGGAUGUUGUCUAGAGACAGAGGUGCCUGUGUUAGUGUAUGAGUUCAUCCCCAACUGCAACCUUUUUGAUCAUCUUCACAGUCCAUCGGAGGAUUUCCCAAUGACUUGGGAAGUUCGACUCCGCAUUUCCUGUGAAGUCUCAGAUGCCCUCUCCUACCUGCAUUCAGCCGCUUCUGUCCCAAUCUAUCACAGAGAUGUCAAGUCAACAAAUAUCUUAUUGGAUGAAAAGCACCGUGCAAAAGUGUCAGAUUUUGGAAUUUCGAGAUCUGUUCCUCUGGAUGAUACUCACUUGACAACAAUAGUGCAAGGAACAAUUGGAUAUGUAGACCCAGAGUACCUUCAGUCAAGCCACUUCACAGGGAAGAGUGACGUCUACAGCUUUGGGGUUUUGCUCAUUGAGCUCUUGACCGGAGAAAAACCUGUCUCUCUUCUGAGGCGGCAAGAAGUCAGGAUGUUGGGUGCUUACUUCCUCGAAGCCAUGAGAAAUGACAGACUUCAUGAGAUUCUCGAUGCUCGCAUCAAGGAGGAUUGUGAUCGAGAAGAGGUCCUUGCAGUAGCCAAACUUGCAAGAAGGUGUCUGAGUUUGAACUCACAACAUCGCCCUACCAUGAGAGAUGUCUUUAUUGAACUAGAUAGGAUUCAAUCUAAGAGAAAAGACCCUCAGUUCAAAGCACAGAAUGGUGAAGAGUUUGCACACAUCCAGAUUGCAGUACCCGACUCUAUGUCACUUAAUUACUCUUCUCCAAACAUAGUUGUUGAAAACAAGUCAUUAUCACUGGACUCAAAGCCACUCAUGCCUCACAAGACGCAGUGACUGGAUAAUUCUUCACCUUACAAUAUAUAUAAUACUUCAAUGAUGCACAAUCAAACUUGAGAAUCGUAUUGCUUGUGUGAAUUUUCUCAAUAACUUUAUCUACUAGCCCUUAAAUUUGAAUUUGAUAAGACUUUAUUAGCAAAUCUAGGAAACAAACGAGGCUAGAAAAGAAGCAACUGUUUGUAUCUUUAA